UUUAUUGGCAUUACAUUUGAAACGUCAAAAUAUUCGAGAAUAAUAGCAGCAAACAAUUAUCGUUUAACAUCACACGCUAAAAUUUCGAUUAUCUUUUGGAUAAAAUAUUACAAUUAGAAGCGUUAUAUUGAUUGGAUAAUAAAAUGGCAAACCCAAAAAUUCAAGAGCUCACAUUGGAUUUGGCUGAACUCAACCAAAUGUUUGAACAAUUGAAACGUCCUCGCAACAUUGAUGCCAUUUUGCUUCAAAAGAAACGCAUCGAAACUGAAUUAUCAAAUCUUCGUGCUCAAUCACAAGCCAAUCCGGAAACCCAAAAGGUCCGCACGGUGAACAGUGAAGUCAAGCGAUACGAGUGCGACAUCAGUAACUAUGCUUGGGAUCAAAGUGACAAGUUUGUCAAGUUCUUUAUCGCCCUUGAUGGCGUUCAGGAUGCAUCCGAAGAAAAUGUUGUUGUAACGUUCAAGCCUCAGUCGAUAUUAUUGAAAGUGGCCAAUGUUCAGAACAAAGACCAUAAGUUUGAAGUGAACAACCUUCUACAGGAAAUCGAUGUGGAGAAAAGCUAUCGCAAAAUUAAAACCAACUCGGUAGCAAUAUAUGCGAAAAAGGCUGUUGAAGGUAAAAAAUGGUCUCAUUUAACAUCCACGGAAAAGAAAUUGGCCGACAUGAAAAAGUCUGAUAUGGAAAAUGAUUUGGCAUCGGAUAAGGACCCAAAUGCCGGACUUAUGAAUAUCAUGAAAAAGAUGUAUGAUUCGGGCGAUUCAGAGACCAAACGAAUGAUUGCUAAAGCCUGGACCGAAGGUCAAGAAAAAUCUCGAAAUCCCGAGUUACAGUUUUAAUUUAAAGUCAAAUAUGUAUGGGCUGAAGCCAGCAAAAUACAAUCGAAAAUAAAUAAAUGAAAAGCAACAAAUCAGAAUUAAA